UACGUUGAUUACUGGGGUACUCUCCAAAAUAGCAGAAGACGAUAACUCGGGGAGAAGAAUUGUUGAAUAAAUCAUUUUAUUAUUGUUUUCUUUGCGCACAAAAAGUAUUCUCGUAGUUUUGUAAUCUAUUUUACUGAUGUCCUUGCUACAUUUCUGUGCCUUGAUCAUGGUAAUAUCCUUGCUAUCUAUGGAUUGUUAGAGAGCUCAAAAUCAAAGUAUCUUAAUUUGUGUUCUGAAGAAGUCUUACGGGUUUGGAACAACAUGAGGGACUAUGACGCCUUCAUUUGCUAUGAAUGACAGUAAUAUACCUGCUGUACAACAUACAGCUGAGAACGGAAGAGCUGCGCUGGAGUUCAGCCAGAAGGUCAGAGUGUUGUGCUGGGUAAUGACGCAGCCCAAACAUCUGAAGUCCAGAACCCAACAUGUUCGUGCCACAUGGGGCAAACGCUGCAACAUCAUUCUCUACAUGAGCUCGGAGGCAUCAGAUUUCCCCACGGUAGGGCUCAACGUGUCAGAAGGACGCAGUCAACUCUACUGGAAGACCAUACGGGCCUUUCAGCACAUCCACACGCACCAUCUGGACCAUGCUGAUUGGUUCCUCAAAGCUGACGAUGACACGUUUGUUGUCCUUGAGAAUUUGCGCCAAGGUUUGUCCAAGCACAAUGCAGAGGAGCCGCUGUAUUUUGGACGUAGGUUCACGCCAUUCAUCGCACAAGGCUACAUGAGCGGAGGAGCUGGUUACGUCCUCAGUAAGGAAGCUUUGAGGAGGUUUGUGAAGGGCUUUGCUGACGGGCUUUGCACACACAACACAGAAACUGAGGAUGUUGGUUUGGGAAAAUGCAUGGAGACAAUGAAAGUUCAGCUGGGUGAUUCUAGGGAUGUUUUGGGGAGACAAACCUUUCAUCCUUACCCUCCAGAUUAUUACCUGCCCAGACAGACACCCAGACCACGACCCUGGUACCUCCUCUAUGAGCAUUACCACCCCGUUGAGGGCCCUGGAUGCUGUUCAGAUUUAGCCAUCUCUUUCCACUACAUAGAUGCAGUGCAAAUGCACACUUUAGAGUACUACACCUAUCACUUACGCCCAUACGGAUAUAAAUACAGAUUUAAGCCAGAUUAACGCUCAAAUAAUAGAAAUAAUAUCUAAUCUAAAAAUAAGACAUCAUUCAAAAUGUAGUCUUUAUAAGUGAAAUUUAUUGAUACAUGUAUACUUUACUUCACUGUACCAUUAAAUGUAAAUCAUGUUAUAUUUAUUGUUCUAUACAAUAUUAAAACAGGUUUUACAAAGUUACAGACUAACAACUUUAUUGACCAAAACAUUAACAACAUUAGUUUUGGAAACAGUGGUUUGCUUCAUCAUAGUCCAAACGUAGAAAUACAAAAAAAGCGUUGAGACAGGAAAAGCGUUGGUUAAUCCAAACUUUGGGUGUCAUUUAUUUAUAGAGGAAAGAACUUCUCUAUGUUUGAUUGUAAUUUGUUUAAGAAGAGUUCAUUACCAAACUCAUGAGUCACGAUUACUACUAAGGAAACAUGAUUAAUGAAACAUGGAUAAACAUUGUCAAAAUAAUUGAUGGAAAUCAUGUUAAUCAUACAAUAUAAUACAAAUUUAACAUACAAUACUGUCCAUAAGAGUUUAACACAGAUUUUUAAUGUUGGGCUUUUUGCAUUUUAAAUACACAAGCACUCAGAAAGAGCAGUGAUUCUAUAUGUGAUUGACACAUGUAAAUGAUUUUGUCAUGAUCAGUGCUAGAAGUGGGCUGAUUCUGUCUUGUAUUAGUAAUUCUGUGCAGUGCUUUUUUACAGUAUAAAUCAGGGACAUAUUGUUAGCUUCUUAACAUUAGCUUUGAUUGAAAUUAAAAUACAUUUAUAUAGUAUUAAAAUAAAAUAAAAAUAGUAAUAUGUAUUUACUCAUUUAUUUUAUGAAAACAAGGGGUGUACUAGCACCUCUUUUUCCACUUUGAGCAUUGGUUAUGGUGUUCAAGGAAAAAUUAAAAUUUACUGAAUAUUUCAGUCUAUCCAAGAUGUAGAUGAGUUUGUUUCUUCAUCUGAAAAGAUUUGGAGAAAUUUAGCAUUACAUCACUUGUUCACCAGUGGAUUGUCUGCAGUGAAUGGGUGCCAUCAGAAUGAGAGUUCAAAUAGCUGAUAAAAACACACCACUUCAGUCUAUCAAUUAACAUCUUGUGAAGUGAAAAGCUGUGUGUAUGUAUAAAAAAAAAAAAAAAAAAGCAUCAUAAAGACUAUUUAAGUUCAAACUACUGCUUCUGAUCUUAAUGAUGGAUUUGUUUCUUACAAACACACAGCUUUUUUUUUUUCUUUUUCACAAGAUGUGGACUUGAGUGGUGUGGAUUACUUGUGGAUUAUUGUUGUGUUUUUAUCAGCUGUUUGGAUUCUCAUCCUGACGGCACCCAUUCACUGCAGAGGAUCCAUUGGUGAGCAAGUGAUCUAAUGCUACUUUUGAAGAAACAAACUCAUCUACAUCUUGGAUAGCCUGAUGGAUGAGUAAAUUUUCCUCUAUUCCUUUAACAGAAAUCACAAUUAACAGAAAUAUUUACUAUUUCUAUGGAAGGAAUAUUGAAAAUAAAGAAAUCCGUAAAACAUUCAGUGCGACUAGGAAAAUGUGAUACUUUGAAUAUACAUGUUAUUUUCUAGAAAAUGGAGCAGCACUAGUCUAGUAAACAAUAUUUCAAAUAGUGUUGACCCAAAGGAAAAAUCUGAUCUACAGUCAGUGUAGCAGGAUUCCUUACUGUUCUCAUAAAACACAUGUACGACAAUGAAAAUGUAUCUGCAUAGUGCAUGAUUGCAAAGUCGACACAGCUUGAUGUGAAUCUGCUGAAUGAAGGCCUGUGCUUCAUUGUGAGGGU